GUUUUCUUAGGGGGCCACACCCGCAGCCUUCGACCCAAAGGUCUAAUCCAUAAGUCAGUGAAGCAACAUUAGGAGAUUCAGUCUCAUGGUAAGCGAUGGCCAAUAUUUGGUUCAUACGCCAUUUGUUCAUUCAGGGUCCUGGAGACCAUGUGAAUCAUUAGUUUGGAAUCAGGGUUUUCUUACUCCUCUAGGUGCAUCCUCUAUGUCCAACAACCCGGUUAAAGUGCCGGACAUUCGCUUCUCGUCCUCUCCACUUCGUAAACAACAACUCCACCACGAGAAGGCUGUGAGUAGGACUUUCCUGGUAGUGGCUGUAUAAGCGUGACCAUGUGAGGGAGUUUCGAGAGGAAGAGUGGACUCUCCUCACCCUCGGCCUUACCAGAGCAUUUGCGUUUUUUUAUCCGAAUGACUACUGUUUGAAGGACUUCGAGUCUAACAGACUGGUAAGAAAUCGCUGAAUAUAAUUGAGUAUACUAAACAUGUCAUCCAUUCAUUCUAACUGUUGAAAGUAAGAAUUUGCUUUGGUACGUAUGUGACAUUUGUUGUUAGUGAGUAGAAAAAUAAAAGCUUAUGUUGAUCAAGUUUAUUGUUCAUUAUGUAUUCAGACAAACUAACUAAUUACUAAAAGUGAAAUUAGUCGUUGUUGUUCACAUAAUGAGCGAUUGAUUAAAUGGAUUAAAAUGCAAUAAGUUCAGGUUUACUUACAAGUUAUUAACUGCUACGGGACAGCUUAUUGUAGUCUAUCUAUUUCAUCAAUAUUGUUUGGAUUUGCCCAUAUGUGUAGCGUUUGAGCUUUUAGUCUUAGUAAGAACUAAAAAGUUUUUGGACGAUUCUUGUACCAUUGACACAAUUUGUAUGCCUAGACUCUAUUGAGUGUAAGUCUAUCACCGAACUUUUUAAAAAUUUGUUUCAGGUCUUCUGAGGAUUUAGGAAUGUGCUUCAAGCAAAGUUUAUGUUCCUUCAUUUUCACACUCAGCUGUUGUGAGGUAUCGUCUACAUAUACAGCAUUGUAGUUAUUACAUUUGAUCUCAUAUAAACAACUUAGUUGUUCCUCCUUUCGUAUUGAAUCCUUGUUUCUUACUAAUUUGGAUCUUAAAUUAUUGUUUGUUCACAAGAAUACGCUUAUACUGUGAUGAUUUAGGAUUUCUCUGAUCUCUUCUAUAGUUCUUUUACGAUAUGAGAUCACCACCGUGUCAACCUAUUCUUUCACUUUAUGUUUUCCCUCAUGUUUUCGGUUUUUUCCUGUUUCUUUUAUAAAGUCGCUAGGAUAAUUAUUCAUCAUCAAAGUGAAUAUAACUAAAUUCAUUUCAGUUACUUUGUCACCUGGUUCAGUGACGAGUUUUCGGGCUCUGUUUAUCAAACUCUUGACCCAUAUGAUCUACAAUGGCUACAGCUUUUUGGAUAUAGAGAGAUCCAUAGAGAACGUCUUAAUUUAUAUUUUAGAGUUUGUAGCAAUUUGCCCGUUUCGACAUUUACACAUCUCAAGCAUUUUACAAACUUUCUAUCCUCUGGGGAUUAUAAAAAUAUAUUGAAAAUUACGAAAUGAUAAUCUCAAAUAUUAAAACGAUGGACAGUAUUUUGCAGUUCAGACCUAAAUUUGGUUCAAUAUUCUUUGGGAUCAUUACACAUAGGUGCUUUAUCUGGUGGCAUAUUUUUGUGACUAUCUCUCGUUCAUUCAUUUAUUGCUAUCAUUCUAUUUACUCACCUGGAGAAACGAUUGAAUUCCUUUGUUAUCGUAAAAAAUGGAUUUUUCCAGAUGAAAAGUCAAUCUAGUGAAUUUUCACCAGAUUAUCUGCCAAUCAGUUGUAAUAACAUUCAUAAAAGUACUGUUUCUGCUAUUAACACUACAUAUCAUGGUGACGAUAACAGCAGAAAUAGUAAUAAUAACAUUAUAGCAUUUAAUCAAUGUUCGUCCGAUAUUCCACAACCUUUAAGCUUUCUUGCGAUUCCUUCAGUUUGUAUAGCCCGUAAACUUAUUUGGUGCAAUCAAAAGGAAGUUGCUGAGCUUUUACUCGGAGCAUGUAUGCAUCCCGACUGGCUUUCAUCAGUUAUUCAAGUUCGUCCUAGAAAUGGUUCUAUUAUUUUUUAUCGACGAGAAUUGGCCACCCUAGCACGUAGACAAGAUGGUUAUUUAUGGAAAAAGAAACCGAAUCGACGUACUACUAAAGAAGUUCACAUGGUCCUUAAAGUUCAAGGGAUCGAGUGUAUUAUCGCCAAUUACGCACAUUCCGCUUUAAUCUCUACAUUUCAUCGACGAACCUAUUCAUUAAGAUUUAAUCCCUCUGUUGUAUUAUUUCAUUAUUUGAAUGUACCCUUAUUAACUAAUGAGAAUAAACUUUGUUUACCAUUACCUAAUCUAAGUGAAAAUGAUCGUAAUGAAUUAACUUAUGCUAAACUUGUUGAGCAGUUAGUGAAUAUGUUUAAUAAUUUCCCAAAACAUAUCAUGAAACCUGGUAUUGAUCAAAUUCUAAAUUUCGAUUUAAAUUUAUCUAAUUUAAUUCAGAUUCUGAGCGAUCAUAUUUGGAAUUCAUCAGUAAAUCCGAAUUCCGCUCCAUCAUCGUCACCAUCAUUUUUAUCUGAUAAUCCGUUUAGAAACAUAACAAGUAGCAGUGUUGUGAAGAGUUUCUCUUCACUGCAAUCUGAUAUAAAUCAUAAUCAUUGUCCGCAUACAGCUGUAUUUCUCCUUAUCACGCCCAAAUUAAAUGAUAAUUAUCAGACAAAUUUGGAAUUAGUCUUUUCGAAUAACGAGUCGUCUUGUCGAACAAAUCCUCAUGCGCGAAAUAUUCGCGAAUAUCAGUAUUUAGAUAUAAUUAAUAACAAUAAUAAUGAUCACAUUCCUUUCAUAUUCUCCUCAUCAAAGCCAAUAGAUGAAUAUUGUCAAAACAAUCAAACUUCCAAGUAUGAUAAUAACAAUAAUGUUAACUCAGACAGUAAUGAUAAUAAUCCAGACAGUGAAGUAGAGGCAAGUUCUACUGUGAACCAAUUAUUGUUUCCUAAUGAUAAUCAUAAUAGUGUGGAAUCUAAUAAUUUACUAUCUGAUGUCGUAAUUAACUGGGCUAACGAUUAUCCCUAUUCAUCAUCACUAACAAUGAAUAACUUUGAAAAUUUGGACACAACAAAAAGCAUCCAGUCAAAUGCUGAUAAUCAAAAUGUCAAUGAUGUUGUUAAUUAUAAUCAUCAAUAUGUUAAUACUGAUGGUAGUCCACAUUCCAAUGAAAUCACUACUACUUCUGCUACUACUACUGCUAAUAUUAGUAAUAAUGAUUAUUAUCAUACUAAUGAAGAAGUAGUAGUAGUAGAGGAUCCAGCUAGUAUAACACCCACUGAUAUCGGUUAUUCUGAUGAAUUAAUAAAUCUCACUGAUUUAAUCAUCACAUCAACAUCAACACCGUCACCAUUCAUCUCAACUUAUACUGAUGAAAAUUUAGGACUUUUAUCAAAUGAAUUAAUUACUGAUAAUAAUCUACUUGGAAGUGACUUUACACCGAUAACAACUACAACAUCUCCAAUAAGAACCGCUAGCAAAAUUAUCAAUAAUGACUGUAACGAUUGUUGCUGUAUAACAGAACAACAUCAAUCUAAUCAUAAGUUCCUUUCAAAAGAACAUUUUUCCAGUGAAUUAUCGUCUAGUAAUUUCAAUGUUCAUACAAUAACUAAUAAUGGUAGAUAUGAUAUACAAAUUAAUCACGUUAAUAUUGAUAAAGAAGAGAUAAAUAACAAUCGGUUCAAUAAUCCUAUCAGUGAAAUUGAUGAUAAUUUGAAUCUUGAAACUUGCAAAAAUAUCUACUCACCCAAUCAUCGUUUACCUCUGAUAACAAAUGUUUAUGAACCUGAAAAAAACGAAAGUUUUGAAAUCGCACAAUUCAAUUGUCAGCAAAGUGAUACUGCUUGUAAUUCAUUCAUAUCUGAUGGAGUAUAUUCAGAGCACAGUUUCGAUCAGUGCAAUAAUAUAAAUCUGCUAAAAUUAAAGCUAUCAGAUGAUCUAUUACGUUGGAUAGUGUUUAUUCGUUUUAGUUCAUUAGCACCGGGCAUUCAUUUAUCCAUUGACAUUGAAGACGAAUUCAUUUUAUUACCAAAUCAUAAAUCUAGAAUAUUUAGCAAAUCAUUUGAUGAAUCUAAUUAUAAUAAUACAUCAAUUACAUCGAAAUAUAUGGAAGAUAUACAUUCUCACAAUGUUUCGAAUUCAAUGCUGACAAAUUAUUUAACAUGUAACUUUGAUGAAUAUCCUAAGUUGAAUAUACCACUGCGACAUGAUCAAUGUGCAGAUAAAUUAGAAAUGUAUUUAAUUCUACAACUGAUUGAAUGGAUGAAAAAAACAGAUAAUAUUAGUCAUAAUAAUGUUAAUGGAACAGAUCAAAGUUCUGUCAAUUAUUUAUUAGAAGCUGAAAAAGAAUUUGAUGAAUUCAAUAUUCAACAAUUACAAGAACAAAUGACUUCAUUGAAGAUAGAUAUUUCUCUUUUAAGUUGUGCAGCUGCUUUGGGUUAUCCUGAACUGAUACUAGGACUGUUGCAAUGGGCUGUACGAAUUUACUGUAAUCAACCUACAUCGUUCUUUACAGAUCACUGUGAUACAACUUUACAAUCGAAUGUCGAUAUCGAUUUAUCUAGAAUCUUAUCUCUUUUACAUGAUCUAACCCCAAACAAUUCCACCUCCCUUACCUAUCCAAUACUCACACCAUUGGGUUCAGCUAUUCUGUACGAACAAGUUGUAACAACGAAACUCUUGGUAGUAUGGGAACCAGAUGCUCUUCAUAAACCUUGUUUAUAUAAUUCAUUAUCGUCGUGUUCAAAAUUGGGUGGUGAAUUUACGCCGAAAGAAUUAGCAUUGAUUAUGAAAAGUGAAUCUAUGCAAAAAUGUAUUGAACAAUUAGAACUACAAUAUUUUUCAUCAAAUACACAAAAUUAUGCAACAGAUACUGUCAUAACUAAAUUAGAAAGACUUAUUAAUUAUACAAAAACAUUUUCACUACCAAAUCAUAUUGAUCUAACUGAAAUUGAUGUUAAUUCAAAACCGUCGUCAUUUCCUCACUCAUUGUUAUAUACACAACCAAAUAUGAUUAAAUUAGAUUAUUCAAAGCAAAAUUAUAGUCUAGACGUGUCUAUUGAUGAUGAUGAUAAUAUUCCAGGGGAAGAAUCACUUUAUCACUUUAAAUCCUUACAUAAUAUCUCUAGUACAAGUUAUCAUUCAAAAAACUUGAAUAAAAUGUUAAAGUCUUUACCAACACCAGCGACUAAUGUGUUUAUAAAUAAUUCAGAUAAUUUUAAAUAUGCAACUGAAAAUAACAACGAUUCGUUUGAUACUCCUCAUCAACUUUAUGAGGAUGAUAUUAUUUUGAAUUCAAAUAUACAACGUGAAAAUAUAUGUACCUGGCGUAAACAAACAUACAAUCGUCGUCAUCACUGUCAUCAUGGUUGUUUAGAUUCAACUUCUCUUUAUGCUAGUGUGACAAAUUUGAUGAAUGAUGAUCAUUCUCAAAUGUUUUGUUUAGCUGAUAGAAUAAUUGAAGCCAUGCCCAGGCGCAUUGUGAAUCUUCAUAAUCAAAAUUGUGACGAUCUAUCAUCAAAUCAUAUUGAUUAUGAUAAUAGUGAUAAUGGUGAAGAGUCCUAUUCUUCUUCUAUCCAAUUUUCUGAUUCAGCUUUAGGUGAAAGUAUUGCUUUUAGUCGAGCACCAGUUGAUCAACUCAAAUCACAUUCUUCAUUGUUUCAUUAUGAACCAUUCACUUUAACCACUAAUACUAAUUCUAUUACUAAUCCUAUUCAGUUAAUAAACAAUGAUAAUACAAACAAAUAUCCAGUUAAAAUCUUUCCAAAUAUAACAACAAAAUCAGUUAGUAUUAAUCAUAAAAAUAGUAAAUCAAUUGGUUCAUUUAAUUCACUUCCAUCGAAACGACCUUAUCGUGAUAAGUAUUUGACAUUAUAUAACAAUUUUAGAUAUCGUGGUGUUGGCCUCGAUGAUUAUCCAAAGAAUAAUAUAAACCGUCAAUUAAAAAGUACCUUACUUAGUUUUCAUGAACUUUUGAGAAGAAGAUCAUAUUUCACUCCUCCUAUUCAACAAAAUAAAAGUAAAUUGAGAACUUUUAAUGAUGAUGAUGAUGAAUUGAAUUUUCACGAAACUGGAGUUAUAACAUCGAAUUCAAUGUUCGAUACAUCUUUUAGUUCUACUAGUUUUGUGAGUUCAGAUAUAAAUAAUGAAAGUGAUUAUGAUGUACUUCGAUAUGACCGUCAAGGGAAAUCAUUAAGUGCUUUCAGUUUAAAUAGUCCACCACCGUCUACAGCACAAAUUGCUGAACAUUUUAAUGCGGUACCGGGAAAAUUUAUGGAAACUGACUUAAGUAGAUUAACUUUAUCGGAUAUGGAACAGAAACGUUUAUACGAAGCAGCCAAAAUUAUACAGAAGUAUUAUCGAGCUUAUAAAAAACACAAUCAGUCGGUCAUUAUUCAAAAUAAUAAUGAUAAUAAUAAUAAUAAUCAAUUGUCCAAUACAUGUAUACCUAAUCCUGUUUUAUACUCUCCAUCAAUUCAUGAUCAUACUACUCAAACAGAUUUAAGUACUUUUGAUAAAUCCUUGUCCAAUAAUAAUACAUAUUCAAAAAGUGUGUGUGAUGUUAACAACGUGCAUCAGAUUGUACAACAAGUUCAACAGAAUAACAAUACUGUCAUCUCUCCAACCGAUAAACAAGAAUGGAAUAGUGAUAUAUUAUUUGGUUUCGAAAUUGAUACAUCUGUGGGCCUUGAAGUUGAAGUAGAAACAUCAUACGAUAAUACAAUAACCAAUGAUAAUGGUAAUUCAUAUCAAACUCAAUUUACUCAGUCUGGUCAAUUGUCUUUACCUGGAGAAACAAAUUCCAACUGUUGUUUGAAAACAACAAAUAACUUUUCCAAUUGUGCCUCAACUUCAAUACAAUCAUUGAAUCCAUCACAACCAUCAAUAACUUCAUCCAGUGGGCCAUGUAAUAAGGAAAUUGAGGCUGCAGUUAUUAUUCAAAGUUAUUAUAGACGUUAUAAACAGUAUGCAUAUUAUAAACGAUUAUGUCAAGCUGCAGUUUUAAUCCAAAAUCAAUAUCGUUGGUACGUAAAUCAAAAGAAGAAUGGUAAUAGCGGGGGAAUUUCAGCUGGUCCUAAACUUAGAAAACCUAGGUCAAGUCAAUGUAACAAUCCACGAUACAGGUCAGUAUGUACACGAAAACCAAAGGUGAAUAAUAACACAGGUGGUGAAGUAAAUAUUGGUGUUCGUCUCCGAAAACCUAUUGUCUCAGUAAGUAAUGAUGGUUAUUUACCAAUGACUUAAAAUAAUUAGUAACAGUGAUGUAGUAUUGUAUUAUUAUUGUAAUUCCACUAUCGUGUUUUCUUGAUCAUAAUGUUGUCGAUACUAUAUUUUGUUGUAAAUUGUUGAAGUAUGUUUGUUUUAUUUUUGUUGUCAAUCCUUUAGUGUUCAAUGGUAUCACGGUCAUUGUAGUAAAAAUGUUUGUGGUGUGAUUUCAUUCAACAAAUUGAUCGCAUAUGUUGAAAAAGAUUACUGAAAUAAUCUGGGCCUAAGGUGAAACCCAGGAAACAUAUAUUUUGAUCUAAGUUGUUACAUUGAAAGUGCUAUUCUGAGCUAAAAAAAUAUCUCUCUACUAAUCGCUUGUUUUUUGUAAAAAGUCACACUCCUUGGUAUAAUUGUCAAAUUUAAAGCUGUCAGCGCUUUGAAAUCACCGUUUGAAUUCUUCCCCUAAUAUUCAUGUCAGAAUUGGUCAAAACUCUGAAUGAUUCAUUUCUUUUCCUGUUGUUGGAUAGUUCAUGAAGAGUGAUUGCGUUUAAGGAUUAAUUAAUAGUAUGUGCCAUUCAAUUUCGACUCUAAAGGUUUAGUGUUUUCUGUGAGAUUUGGUUUUUCAAUUUUUUUCUUCUCUCCAUUCGACUUCAAUUUAUUAUGAAAACUAUCAUAUCUGUUGUCUAUUCCGUUUAUAUAUGUUUCUAUCGUAAAUUAGGUUUUACAGUAAUACUGUUCAUUAAAUAUUCCUUAUUUUAUUGCUUACUACUACUCUGUAGAAUCCCGGACGCAUAAGACAUCUAUCCGCUACCCGGUUAUCUCCAUUCAACAAAACUCCUUACAUCCCUUUAAUCAAUUCUCAUCAUGUAAAUCCACCUUCAAGGUUUAUUUGUUUUGAAGAGCAUCUAAUUGAAUCCUAUGAUAAUCGUCAACAACGUUUUUUAAAUAAUUUGUCCUAUUGUUUAAAUGAUAGUAAAAUGCUUUGACUAUAAAUAUGUUCUACUUAGCUCAAUUUUCAUGUUAUCGUUAUUGUGUGUUCGUUCAUUCAAUAGAGUUUUGUGCUUUAAUUAUUUAAUUUUGAUUCAUUUUGAUAUACUUGUUAUGCAAUCAAUGCAAAGAUCAUUUUUAUUCAUUUAUUUACUUUUCCCCCUAUUUUCAAACAAUUUGCUCACAGGUGAUAAAAUUAAUUUUUAUUACUUUCGAAAUAAAAUCUUUGUCAGUGAUAAUAAUAAUAAUAGAAAUAUAAUAUCAUUAUUUUAAUUAGUUAUGAUAGCUAUAUUUUUGAUUAUGUUUCCCGCGUUUGUUUGUUUUUGUUUUACCAGCCGCUUUUUCAAUUCAGUUUCUCCUUAUCUUCAAUUUACUUAAUCGUAUUCCGACUCUUUCGUUUCAGUAUAACUUCUUUCUUUACUUUACUUCCAUCGAAUCGUGAUCUCUAGACAGUUUUACUCAUUGUUUGUGUUGUCAGUUUUAUUAUUCUCUCACUUUUGUGUCUAAUAUUUUCAUCUUGAUGGGCGCAUGAAUCGACACACACACUUGCGCCUGUUACCCCUUGUAGAGAAGUAAGGCCGCCCACCAGCAUUCUUCAUGGAACUUUGUUCUGAACAUACACACACAGCAACAAUAGCAUCAUUACCGACACUAAGCUUUAUCUUUUUGCUUUCGGGUUAUUUUGUUUAUAUUUAUAUUCUUAGUAUUUCCUUAACUACAAUUGUAAUUUAGUCUUUCCUCUAAAAAAGAUUCAUUUUCCUUACUCAUUAAUUGAUAAUUGAUUACACUCACGCACAAGUGACAAAAACUACUGUUUUUGAGAAAAAUUAUCUACUCACAGCUGUCAACUUCCUAUUUAUCUCUGUUAUUAUUAAAAUUAUUGCUUUUUGCUAAUUUACUUGAACAGAUGAAGCAAUCCAGAUGGAAAAACGAUGACCAUAAUAUUUAUUUAUUAUUGAAUGCAUCAAUGUUUUCUUUCCUGUUUCCUUCUAAUUGACACACUGGUUUGUAUGAUUUAGGAUUCUAUUUGUAUGACACCAACAGUUGUUGUCAGCAUAAUAAACGUUAUGAAUAUGUUUUGCAUAGAAAUGAUAUGAUCAGUCAGUCAGUCAUAUACAACGCACGACCAGGGACAUAUAUGCGUCGGUCCAAGU